AACGCUUUCUCCUCACCCGUCUCUCUUCUUUACCCUCCACCUCACCUCCCUUCCUCCCCUUUCCAAUCCACUCUUCUCUCUCUCUCUCCCCCCCCUCCAGAGCUACCCUCCACUUUUCCAACCAAAACCUCCCCCAGGUGUCAGAAAUCUUGGCACUAUCCCAAAACCUCUCUCCUUUUCCCCUCUCUAUUUCUUUCCUUCACUCUCCCACCCUCUUUCCCACGCAACCCCCCCGCCCCUCUCUCUCUGUCUUUCUCUCUGAAGAGCUAGCUAUGAUGUCCACAGACUCCUCCCCUACCUCGCCCAAGGCUCCCAUGGCCAGACCCCCCGUCUGCCGGCCCCUCCGGCCCACCCUCCUCGCCGACAGCCUCGUCUUCAUCGCCGGCGCCUUCUCCGCCCUUCUCCUCUUCUGGAUCCUCUCCUCCUUCCUCUCCCCACCCCCCAUGACCUCCUUCCCGCACUCCCCCACCUACACCUACUCCUCCUCCUUCUCUCCCUCCCUCCACUUCGCCAACCUCUCCAUCCAUCCCGACCCCUUCAACGACACCGACCCCGACCUCCUCCGCGACCCCCCAGACUCCACCUUCUACGACGACCCCUCCCUCUCCUACACCAUCGACCACCACCUCUCCGAUUGGGACGACAAGCGCCGCCACUGGCUCCGCCUCCACCCCUGGCUCUCCCCCGCCCCCGGCGGCCGCGAGCGCAUCCUCAUGAUCUCCGGCUCACAGCCCAACCCCUGCCACAACCCCGUCGGCGACCACCUCCUCCUCCGCUUCCUCAAGAACAAGAUCGACUACUGCCGCCGCCACGGCAUCGAGCUCCUCUACAACAACGCCCUCCAGCACCCCAAGAUGCGCACCUUUUGGGCGAAGAUCCCCAUCAUCCGCGCCGCCAUGGUCGCCCACCCCGAGGCCGACUGGGUCUGGUGGGUCGACUCCGACGCCGCCUUCACCGACAUGGACUUCCAGCUCCCCCUCCGCCGCUACCGCAACCACAACCUCGUCCUCCACGGCUGGCCCCACCUCGUCUUCCAGCAGAAGAGCUGGGUCGGCCUCAACGCCGGCGUCUUCCUCAUCCGCAACUGCCAGUGGUCACUCGACUUCAUGGCCCGGUGGGCCCGCUUCGGCCCCCAGGAUCCCGAAUACGAGCAGUGGGGCCACCGCCUCAAAAACGAGUUCAAGGACAAGCUCUUCGUCGAGUCCGAUGACCAGUCCGCCCUCGUCCACCUCCUCAACGCGGAACGAGACCGGUGGGCCGACAAGGUCUUCCUCGAGGACGCCUUCUACUUCGAAGGCUACUGGAUCGAGAUCGUCGGCCGGUUCGGGAACAUGACGGAGAAGUACCUGGCGAUGGAACGGAAGGUGCCGCCGCUGCGGAGGCGGCACGCCGAGAAGGUCGCGGGGGUGUACGGGAGGAUGAGGGACGGGGAGUUGGAGCGCGAGGGGGCGGAGACGGGGCCCACGGGGUGGAGGAGGCCGUUCAUGACGCACUUCACCGGGUGCCAGCCCUGCAGCGGCGACCACAACAAGAAGUAUUCCGGGGAGAAUUGCUACGAGGGGAUGCUGCGGGCGCUCAACUUCGCGGAUGAUCAGGUGUCGCGCGACUACGGUUUCAGGCACACCGAAUUGGGCGGCUACGAUGUGAAGCCGCUGCCGUUCGAUUAUCCGGCGGCCGGGUGAUCGCGAUGAUCGGUGCGGUCGUGGUCAUGCUGAUCGGAAAUUAAUUUGCUGAUGGAAUAAUAAAUUUUCUGAUAGAAUGGUAGAAAGAGGGUGUAGAAAAGCAGCUGUUCGUACACAGGUCCGUGUCAGAUAUUAGUUGUUGUUUCGUUUAUUUAUUGGAUUUUAUUUUUGCUUCUGUGGUGGGAAUAUAUUCGGUUGCUUUUGAGUUUUGAA